UGGAGUCCGAAAGUAACUUAGGAGAUUGAAACCAAAAAAAAAACCUAAGGAGAUUCGAUCCUCCGAUCGAUUGUUGCUCAAGUGCAGGGCUGCAGAUUUUUCUAUAUAUAUUAGAUGAUAGUUACAACAAAUUACUGUGGAAAUCAUAAGAAUGGAAGUUGUGGAAAGAGUAGGACUAGAAGGGCAGUUGAAAAUCUAUUCAGAUGGCUCUGUGUUGCGCCUUCCACAUCCUACCACGCCUGCCUCUUCAAACUUUACAGACGGUGUUGCAUCUAAGGACGUCAGCGUAAAUCCGGAAACCGGCGUCUGGGCUCGAAUAUUCAGGCCAGAAACCGCUUCUGGAAAAUUGCCAGUCCUGAUCCAUUUUCAUGGCGGCGGAUUCGCGGCUGGCACCAGAGCACCAGCUGCCGGCGGCGUACGACGACUGUACGGAGGCCGUGGAAUGGAUCGCAAAGCAGGCUGCGGGGCGCGCAGAGUCCCCGGAGGAGUGGCUGUCGCCGUCCGUCGUGGAUUUUUCCAGGUGUUUUUUGGCCGGAGAGAGCGCCGGAGCGAAUAUUGUUUACCACGUCGGACUGCGGAUUGCUGACGUGGACGUGAGACCGUUGGUGGUUAAGGGACUGAUUUGUAUUCACCCCUGGUUUGAGAGCGAGGAACUCACCCAGUUUGAGAAAAGUGCAGAGGGAUUAAAGUUUGUACAGCUGUUUGAUUCGCUUCGUAGUAUAGCUCUGCCUGUGGGGUCCAGCAAAGACCACCCGUUCAUUAAUCCGGCGGUUUUGCCCCUGCAGCCUGGUUUGAAAUUACCGCCGGUUUUGGUCGCCGUUGCCGGGAAAGAUGAGCUUUACGAGAGGGGCGUGAUGUUUUAUGAAUAUCUCAAGAGUUGUGGGAAGGAGGUGGAGUUGAUGGAGGAUGAAGGUGGGGUCCACAGCUUCCACGUCAUGCUUCCUCAGUAUGAGGGUACUCCGCGUUUUAUUCAGUGGAUUGCAGAUUAUGUUAAUAAUCGUUGA